CAUCUUCGGCUACCUUUCUGAAACAAAUAAGCGGUGUGGUUGGCUUUGUUAUUUAUAAAUUGCAAAAUUUAACAAUAAAAAAUGAAUUCCAUUCGUGUAGUAUUACAAAAGAAUAUGCAUCAAUUGCGGCAAUUUCACAAAUGCAUUGCUCUUUGCCAAGCAGAAGCUUCUGCUGCCGUUGCGGAAAAAAUGACAAUUCCAGUACCCGAAGGAGUUGACAAACCAGUUAGUGCUAAAAUCGACAAAAUUGCCAAUGACAUUUCCGCAUUAAAUUUAAUUGAAGUUGCAGAAUUGAGUGACGUCUUAAAAAAACGAUUAAAUCUUCCUGAUGCACCAGUUAUGCCAAUGGGAGGUUUUCAAAUGGCAUCACAGAAAGAUGAUGAGGAAGCCGAAGCUCCAAAAUCCGUACAAACUUCAUUUACGGUUAAACUAACUAGCUUUGAGGACAGUAAAAAAGUUGCACUUAUCAAGGAAAUUAAAAAUCUUCUUCCUGGAACAAAUCUCGUUCAGGCAAAGAAGUUCGUUGAAAGUGUUCCAGUUGUUGUAAAAAGUGAUGUAUCAAAAGAUGAAGCUGAACAAUUGAAAGAAGCAAUAGCCAAAGCCGGUGGUGUGACAGAAAUUUUAUAAGUAGUUUUGGUAAAUCAAAUUUUAUUCUACUUGUGUUUAGUAAGGACAAAAAAAAUUGUACAAUAAAAUUAGAAACAAAUACAUAUUAUACAUUUUUCUAUACACUGUA